AUGCACAACAACAAGCAGAACAAGACCCAGCUCAGACGUGAGGGCGUAGAUCCUGAGAAGGUCUCUCGCGGAACGGCUGGCGCCAAGGACACACUUUACUGGCUAUCACCCAGAGGCAAUACCUAUGAACCGUUCGGCGAAGCGGAGUGGCGCAGUAUAGUAGCAGGCAAGGCAAAACUGUGA